AUGGCUGCUAACAAAGCUGCCUUACUGUCUGCAAUACGAAGACACCGAUCGAUCAUCGAAUCGCAAGGUGUUGAAAAUGCGCUUGCUCGAGCUGAAGAAUCUGAGCUGAAGGAGGUAUGGGCGUUAACGGAACGACAUGGCAAAGAGCCCAAUCAGGAGAAUUUGGGUACAGCGCUGGCUGUGAUCAGAGGAGAGCGGGAGGCGAAAUUUCGGGCUAGUCGGCUGCGAACCUUCAAAACUGCGCUUGGACUCACAGGGCGGCUCUUUGACGAGGAUUUGCAAUUGCAGAAAGCCCUUGAAAUGUCAAAGGCCGACCAAGGUACGCCUGUGUUCGACGACGAUCAGGAACACGGACCUGCUCUGAUACCCGCCGAUCUUGUGGAAGCGCAACGCGAGUGGGACAUUGACAGCUGCAUGAUGAGCGGCGCAGUCCACGAGGACGACAAGAUCAAGCGGCGCAACAGCAACGAUGCGACAGUAUGCGACAACUCUUUCGCGAGUAUGCUUGAGCACAUGCCCUUCAAUAUCGUUAAUCGCAAAGAUCUGGUGAACGGUGCCAUCAGCGACGUUCUUAACAUACCAAAGUCGAAGAUCCUGUGGAGAAUCGAUCCCACAUGGCGGACGACCGUGCUCGGCGUUAAGAAAGCCCUCGAAGAGCAAGAAUCCUUCGACAAUUUUGGGACUGACGAUAGCCUGAUUGGGUGUCUUACAGUGAGGGGAGGGUUCAUCGACGACUACACACGCGUUGAGUACCCAGAGAAUAUCAUCCCCUGCUCCGAGGACGUAGACGAGCUAGACGUCGACUAUUGGUCGCAAGUAUUUGCCCAAGGCAACGUGAGCUGGGUGUGGAACAACGUGCUGGGCGACUUGAGUAUUCAGCAAACUGAAGACAAUGCCGACUCUGCCGUUAAGGACGGAAGCGAAGUCAAUGGACUCGAGGACGCCGAGUCUGGCGACUUGGAAGAGCCAAACUAG